GCACCCACACCGCCCUCCGCGCUCACCUUCACGAGUCCACGCCCUCACAUAUAUAAGGCACCGCCGCAGUCACGCCUUCAGUGCACUCACUCACUUCCUUAUCAGCAACACAUCCACAGCAGCCAUGAUGAAGAUCAUUCUUUCCUGCCUCGUCGCAGUCGCCUUGGCUCGGCCUGACAAGCCUGCCCCUGCAGGGUACGGCUACCCCGCCCCCGCCAACCCAUUAACUUACGGGCCUCCUCAGCCUACGUACUCUGCCCCCGCUCCUGCUUAUCAGGCUCCAGAGCCAGUGUAUUCUGCCCCUGCCCCUGCCUAUAAAGCUCCAGAACCAGUGUAUUCAGCUCCCGCCCCUGCCUACAAAGCCCCAGAGCCUACAUACGAGGCUCCCGCCCCUGCCUACAAAGCCCCAGAGCCUACAUACGAGGCUCCCGCCCCAGCCUACAAAGCCCCAGAGCCCACAUACGAGGCUCCCGCCCCAGCCUACAAAGCCCCAGAGCCCACAUACGAGGCUCCUGCUCCUGCCUACAAGGCCUCCAGACCUGCUUACAAGCGCUCCAGAACCUGUACCAAGGCUCCUGCCCCUGCUUACAAGGCUCCUGCCCCUGCUUACAAGGCUCCUGCCCCUGCUUACAAGGCUCCUGCCCCUGCUUACAAGGCUCCUGCCCCUGCUUACAAGGCACCUGAACCCACUUACGAGACUCCUGCCCCUGCCUAUAAGGCUCCCGAGCCUGCUUACGAGGCUCCUGAGCCAGCCUACAAAUAUCCUGAACCAACCUACGAAGCUCCUGCCCCGGCCUACAAAGCUCCCGAGCCGUCAUACUCCGCUCCUUCUCCUGCUUACAAGGCCCCAUCUUACGAGAAGGGAAUGCCUUUCGACUUCGCCUACGGUGUCGUAGACGCUUACACCGGCAACGACUACUCCCACAACUCCAACUCCGACGGCAACAUUGUUAAGGGCGAAUACCGCGUCGUUCUUCCCGACGGCCGCACGCAGAUCGUCUCGUACACGGCCGAUCACGCCACGGCUACGUGGCCGAAGUUCCUACGAGGGCGAGGCGCAUACCCCGAGACCAAGCCUUACCAGCCAGCCCCUGCCUACGCCGCCCCUGCCCCGCUUACUCCGCCCCCGCCCUGCUUACGAGGCCCCCUCCCCACCUACGGCACUCCAGCCCCCACCUACGAAACGCCAGCACCCCUUUACGGCGCCCCCACAGCUAAAAGCCCCCCGCUAGUGCACUGGCCGUAUAUAAGGACGAAAAAUUUAUAUUACACUUCCAAUGAAAUAAAUAUAUGAACCAUGACA